CCAUUCCGCCAUUUUUAUGUUUCAUGCUACAUGUAUUGGUAACUCAAUGCACAUUGUACUUAAUUCUUAAUUUUUUUAAAUUGAUUAACUGUUCAAUUGUCCAAUUUUUGGAUUAAAUUUGUGUCUCAUCUUAUCAAUUAGUCAUUCUAUCAUUUAAUAAAUUAUUUCAUUAACAAUGGGGGACAGCGAUGAAGAAUAUGAUCGACGCCGAGUCAGAGACAAGUUUAAAAGAGAACGUAGUGAUUACUCAGAUAGGUACACCGGUAGUCGAGGUCGGGAAGAUUAUGCCGAUACUAGAGAUUCCGGUGGAGGUUGGGGAGCUAAUUCCUCAGGUAGUCGAGAUAGAAUGAAUAGAAGUGGCGGUGAUGGACGCUACUCAAGUGACAGAUAUGGGAAUCAGAGAAGGGACAGAUAUGGUAGUCCCGGUGACAGAAGUGAUAUGAGUCCUCCGAUGAAAAGGGUUCGCAACACUCGUCCAGAAUGGGAAGAUAGAGGUAAUUAUCAAUCAUCAAAUAAUUUCGAUUAUUCUCAUUCCGGUGGAGCUUGGAACCCACUUGAUUCUGGAUUAGCUCAUACCCUAUCUUCAGCAGCAGCCGCCGCCGCCGCUUUUAACUCUAAUGCAUCACCCGCUACUCAUCAAAGCACUGGACCAACGCAACCACCUAUGAUGACCUUUAAACAAUUUCUAGGUACACAAGAUGACAGUGUUGAUGACAUGGAGGCUGUUAGGAAAUAUAAUGAUUAUAAGACAGAAUUCAAGAAACAACAGAUAUCAGACUUUUUCACAGCUCAUAAAGAAGAAGAAUGGUUCAAGUCUAAAUACCAUCCUGACGAGUUCGGCAAGCGUAAAGAAGAGUCCCACCAAGCUCUUAAGAAUAGAUUAAAUGUCUUUUUGGAACUUUACGAAAAAGGAUGGGUCGAUUCUGUUAGUAUCGAUGUUGAGAAGUCAGACCAGAUAAUUCGUUUAUUAGAUGCCGCUGUUAUCAAACUAGAAGGAGGUACAGAUUUUGACCUGAAAGCAUUAGACGCAAAAAGUGAUGCUCCAGAGGAAAAAGCGAAAGCAUCAGAUCUCGAAGUAUUUUCUGUUGACGUUGAAAAACCUCCUCCUAAGACGAAGGAAGAAGGCGAAGAAGAUGACGAAAAUGAAAAUGAAAGUGAUAAAAAAGAAGAAGGAGAAACAGAUGACAAACCUGAACCUAAAGAAGUCAAGGCAGAAGACAGUGAGGAAGCUAAAGUAAAAGCCGAACCUGUUGAAAGUUCAGAAUCUGAGCCAGUCAAAAACUCGGAUGAAAAUAUGGGAGAAUGUGAAGAUUCCAAGGAAAGUAAAAUCGAGGUCAAGGCCGAGCCCUCUGAAGAAAUGGAAGACGGUGAGGCAUCUAUGAGUAAAGAAUUGUCAGAGCAUGAUCCAAUGAAAGAGGAAGGUGAAGAAGACGAUAGUGUCAAUGAACCUGAUGAAAAACCUGUUGACAAAGAGGAACCUGAGUCUGAAAAAAUGGAAGAAAGUAAUGAGGUGAAAAAAGAUACAACCAAUGAGACGGAUGAUAGUGAACCCAAACCGCGACCUCUUCAUCUUAAAGAUUCAAUUUUCCUGCGCAAUAUUGCACCUAACAUCACUAAAGCUGAAAUAGAGGAGAUAUGCAAAAAGCACCCUGGAUUCCUACGGGUUCAUAUUGCUGAUCCUGCUGCAGACCGUAAAUUUUAUAGACGAGGAUGGGUAACUUUUGAAAAAUUGGGUAACAUCCGAGAAAUCUGUCUAGAAAUGCUUAGUAUUAAAAUAAAAGAAUGUGAAUUAGGAGCUAUUGUGAAUCGAGAUUUAACUCGAAGAAUUCGAUCAGUCAAUGGUAUUGCCUCACAUAAAAACGUAGUACGCGCUGAUAUCCGAAAUGCAGCGAAAAUAGUUUUCAAUUUAGAUCACCAAAGACGUAUUUGGGAUGAUCCAGAAGAAAAGAAAGAUUCAAAUGAACCCAAGACCAAAGAAGAGGUUGCAUUCGGAUUCCAAUCCUCUAACCCACUGCUUAAAAAUAUUGCUGAUUAUAUGAUUGAAGAAGCUAGCGCUGAAGAGGAAGAGCUAUUAGGAGAUCAAGCAGGUGAAGAAGAAGGAGAGGAAAGUCCAGGACAGUCACUAGAAAGAGAUGAAAAUCUUAUAAAAGUUUUAGAUCGUUUACUUUUAUAUCUUAGAAUAGUCCACUCUGUUGAUUAUUAUAAUCACAGUGAUUAUCCAAAUGAAGAUGAGAUGCCCAAUCGUAUUGGAAUCAUGCAUGCUAGGGGUGCUCCUCCUUCAAGUAAAGUUACCUCACAGGAAAUUAACGAGUAUAUUAAAGCCUUCGAGCAAAAGAUCAAGCCUUAUCUUCAACCUCCUGUCGUUAUAACUGAAGAGGAAGCUAUCAAGUUAGGUAAAAAAGAAGCAGAAAAGGAAGUCGAAGAGUUUAUAAAACAAAAUACCCAUGAAAUCGGUAAAGACAAGUGGCUUUGUCCGUUAUCGGGUAAAAAGUUUAAGGGACCUGAUUUUGUUAGGAAACAUAUUUUAAAUAAGCAUGAAGAUAGAUUACUACAAGUUAGAAAAGAUGUUGACUAUUUUAACAAUUACCUGAUGGAUCCGAAGCGCCCUUCACUGCCUGAACACCCUUCAAAUCGACCUGCUUCAGCCCAGACCGGUGGCGGUAAAAAUGACAAUUCUUCAAUGGGAUCCAAUGGUCCUGCUUUAGCUACUAACACUUGGGCUCAUCCCGCUGGUGCUUUCCCAGCCGCUCCUGGUUAUCCAGGAUUUCCUUUACGUGCUCAACUAGCUUUUGGUAAUCCAAUGGCUGCUUGGACAGCUCUAAGUCGAAACUAUCAGCCCAUGGGACCUAAUAUUGAUUACACACGAGGAGGAUCAAAUCAAGCAGCCGCUGCCGCUGCUGCUGCUGCUGCCGCCGCAUCUGCAGGAAUAACCAGAAACCGCUAUGGUGCUAGACAUGAUCCUCGGGAAGUUGUUGGAUACGCAGAUUUGGAUGAUAACCUGGAAAUGAUCUAGGAAAAAGGCUUCAAGAGUGAUAUUUCCAUCGAGGGAAGAUUAUUGAAACACGUCAAUGAAGAAGGAUCGAAAGGGAAAAUAAAUCCAAAAUGAGUAACUCAUCUAAAAUAUGUUCUAUUGAUUCAACAUAAUAAUCCGACAUUAAAACUGAGCUAUCAGUUGUUUUCAGAUCGAUUGAGAUCUCUUUUCAUUUUGCAUUCAAAUCAAAUCUUUAACAUAAAAAAUGAUUGUUGAUUUUGUAUCGACAUUGACUAAAUUAAAAAUUGACCGAACGUUAAUAUUAACAUUUUUGAUGAUGUUAAUGUUUCAGAAUAAAGACAAGAAACUAUAGAGAUCUCGACGCGCCUGACGAUGACUGAUAGGAAGACGCAACAUCCAUAAAUUCAUCAUAAUGAUAUUAUAAAGUCCUUCAUCAAUUUUUUGCCCUGAGAUCCAGCUUUUUUCCUUCUUCCUCCUUCCUCUUUUUCAUGUUCAUCCAACCUGAAAAUUUUUAACAUGAACCAAAUAUCAAUAUUAAACAAUACCAACACCAAGACAAAAAAAACACUUCCAAAUUUAGUUAAGAAGGAAAAAUCUCCUCACUCAAUGUAUAAUUGAAAAUUUACUUUCACUACCUUUCCAUCAAUAAUAUCAAAUCUUCCCUUACCGUGAUCAUCUUCAUUGUUUCUUUCGUUCUAUCUUGAUAAUCACUAAAUUAACAAUCGGAUCAUCUUAUUAAAUGCUAAAAAAUUGAGAAUAAUAAUAAUAGGCAGCUUUUGCCACAUGUACAACGAUCAUUUUGUCUGUUUAUUAAAACCCAAAAUUAUUUAAUCUCA